AGCCCCAUUCCUUCGACCUCUGCUGAGUCGGCCGCUGCCACCUCCCGGGAAGAGAGGAAGCGGGAGAGGAGCCCUAGUCGCUUGUUACCCAAGUCCUCCAGCCGCGCCGCCCCGAAGAGUGCAAGAUGUUCGCCUGCGCCAAGCUCGCCUGCACCCCAGCUCUGUUCCGAGCUGGAUCCAGAGUUGCAUACAGACCAAUUUCUGCAUCAGUGUUAUCUCGACCAGAGGCUAGGACUGGAGAGAGCUCUACGGUAUUUAAUGGGGCCCAGAAUGGUGUGUCUCAGUUAAUCCAAAGGGAGUUCCAGACCAGUGCAGUCAGCAGAGACAUUGAUACUGCAGCCAAAUUUAUAGGUGCAGGUGCUGCAACAGUAGGAGUGGCUGGUUCUGGUGCUGGUAUUGGCACAGUCUUCGGCAGCCUCAUCAUUGGUUACGCCAGAAACCCUUCGCUGAAACAGCAGCUGUUCUCAUAUGCUAUCCUGGGAUUUGCCUUGUCUGAAGCUAUGGGUCUCUUUUGUUUGAUGGUUGCUUUCUUGAUUUUGUUUGCCAUGUAACAGAAAUUACUGCUUGAAAUGUUGGCAUUCAUGUUAAUUAUGGAUGUAAUUCUGUGUAUCUUACUGUGACUCCAAAAACUGUAGCAUUGGUGUCAUGAAAAUGUACGUUGUUUCCAGUCAUUAAAGAUGAAAACUUUAA